AAAAACAAUGCAAACAACGUCAACGCAGCCGAAAUUUCAGUUUUGUUGUUUGUGUCGUAUAUAAGGAUGGUUUUGUUGCUGUGACUAGAUUAUAAUCGAGCUGAGCUUCAAGCGCUAAAAAUCAGCCGCCGCAGGCCGCAAAGCGAAACCCAACAUUGAACAACCAAAGACCAUCAAACAUGCGCGCCCUAAUGAGCCUUUGGCUGUGUCUCUGCACCAGCCAUGCCUUUGACCCGAACAGCGCCUACUUGCCAGCCAACAAUGAAUACUCACACCGUCCCCUUGUGACGGAGUAUUUCAGCUACACUGCACCACCCGAGGACGAUCAGAGCUUGCCCCUGCAAGCAGCUCGCCAGCUUGCCACAGCACUCGCACCUCCGCAGCAAGUUGUUUUCAUACGCACGCCGGAGACUAGUCUGUUCACACUGACGGCCAAGCAGCUGGCGGCUAGCAAAGCUUUGGAUAUCUACGUGCUCCAGCGGCAAAUGGAUGCGGCCGCAUUGGCCGAACAAAAGGCAGCCAUUGAGCAGCAGGCGGAUCACAGACCAACAGUUCACUUUGUCAAAUAUCGCACGCCCGCCGAUGUAACUCGGGCUCUGAGCAGGCUGCGGGCCAAUUACGAUCAGCUGCCGGGCAACAGCUAUAGUCAUGCAGUGGAAACCGCAAAUGUCAUUCACCUCAACCCACCUCAGCACUUGGCACAGCCCGAUCCAGUGGUGUUCAAGAUCUUGCCCAAGGAUGCAGCUGACUACGAGACUGACGAACAAGCGAGGGAACUGGAAGCCGCCAAGCUGCAGGCGCUCUUUCGGCCAUAUUUGCCUCGAGCGCAGCGGCGUUAGGCGUAGAUUAAAAAGGACCGGUGCCAAAGACUGCUAUAUAUAAAUACUUAGAAAUAAAUAGAAAAUAAAAGCAAUCAGUUUGUGCAAUGUU